AUGUCACGUCUGUGUUUUAAGAAAGGCUGUGAACUCGAAGUUCAGUAUAUAUGCCAAACUUUCUCUGCAGAAAUCUACUCUUGCAAAUUGCAUCUUGAAGAGCUACUUAAAUUACCCAAUCGAGAUCAUAUGAUAGAUUCGAUUCUCAUGGAGCAUUGUGAAUGAACUAAAGAUGCAGUUCUUGAGUAUCUUGAAAAAGAAAAGUCUAAGAAAGAGUAUUUGAAGGAGGUAUUCUUUGCUACUUUUAGAAAAGAACUUCACAGAAAAGGUAUUGAAGAGACGCUAAGAAAGCUGGAUUCAGAUUUGGAAGAAUUUAAAAGGUUAAUUGAAAAAACCGUUCAAGCUGAUAACUCAGGCCUAUUAAGUAGCAUUAGGCGAUUUUGCGAAUUGAACAAGCUAACUUCCCCCUCCGUGAGUGAGCAAAACCAUUAGAAAAAUCGCUAUUUAUUGCCCAAAAACCCACUUUCCGCGAGUGAACAAAAAUUUUUUUAUGAAAAAAAAAUUGAUAUAUAAGUGAUAAUUAGUAUAAUGAAAUCUAGAGCUAAUUCUGUUUAAUUUUAAACAAAUUGCUUUUAAAACAUAAAUUUUUAAAUUAAAUUAAUAUUUGCUUUCCAUUUUUGCGAAUUAGGAUUUUUUAAAUUUCGAAGAAAAAAAAAAUUUAUAGGAUUUAUAAAUAAUUUUUUUAAAAAAAACAUUUAACCCCCCUCUUGAGUGAACAAAAUUUUUUGUUCACUUACGGAGGGGGAGUAAGAACUAAAAUAUCUGCUGUCUUAGCCAGGCCUAACAGUGCACAAGCAGAACAAGACUUUAGAAGUACGAUCUCCAUGUAUGAAAAUAAGACUCUUGAUCCGUUAAUUGCACAAGCUUAUCAAGAAUACGUCAAAGUUUACCAUCAAGCCACAUCUCUUUAUCGAGUUACUUCAGACUAUGAUGGAAAAAAUAGUUUGCUUAUUUAUGACACUGAAAAUGAGAAAGAAGAAGAAAAAGAACUAAAAAUUCCAUUUCAAUUAAAUUCUGAAAAAACGAUUACUCAACUACCAAAUGGCGAGUUAUUUUGUUUUUCUGAAUCAAAUCCAGUUAUAAUUGACAAAAAUUAUGGAUUCCUAGUCCUUCCAGCUGGAGAUCCCAAUUUCGAAAUCGCUAUUUAUUUUGACAGAAACGUCUAUUGUUUUGGAUCAGAGGAAGAUUUUGGAGGCCGGUGCAGUAGAUUUGAUAUGGAUUUAUAUUGCUGAAGGAAAAUAAAUCCGAUUGGAGGGACGGAUUCUAAGUAUCAUGGAGUAUUAUUUAAUGGUAAUAUUGUGAUUUCUGGAUAUUGAGACAUAAAUCUUAAGCUAUAUACAGUUGGAACCGACUCUUGAUCAAAUAUUGAUUAUAAAUUUGGGAAUGCUAAAAUAAAGAUCAUGAUAAAUGCAAAUGAUGAGAGAUUAUAUGUUAUUGAGCCUCGUGGCUCUAUCUAUGAAAGUGAAUUUGGAAGUGAGUAUAAUUGGCAGCGCUUACUCCCCCCCCUCUCCGUGAGUGAACAAAACCAUUAGAAAAAUCGCUAUUUUUUGCCCAAAAACCCACCCUCCGUGAGUGAACAAAAAAAUUUUUUUAUGGAAAAAAAUUUUGAUAUAUAAAUGAUAAUUAAUAUAAUGAAAUCUAGAGCUAAUUCUGUUUAAUUUUAAACGAAUUGCUUUUUUAAAAUAUAAAUUUUAUAAAUUAAAUUAAUAUUUGCUUUCCAAUUUUUGCGAAUUAGGAUUUUUUUAAAUUUCGAAAAAAAUAUUUUUUAGAAAAUUUAUAUAUAAAUUUUUUUUAAAAAAAAAAAUUAACCCCCCUCCGUGAGUGAACAAAAUUUUUUUGUUCACUCACGGAGGGGGGGGGAGUUAGCAAAAUCAAUUAUUACUGGAUAUAACAAUUACAUUACUUGUUCAUAUAAUAAAGGAGGAUUUUACAUCUUAAAUAGCAUGGGAUCUUGUAGAGAAUAUUGCAAAUUUAAUUUAGAUCAAAAAGUGUUCAUUGAGUUUGCUUACUAUGAUAAACAUGUAGCUUUUAGAAGGGUAGGUAAAAUGUUUGAAGCAAUUGAAUGCCCUAACCAAAAUUUUAGCCUUGACCCUAAAGAUGUGUUUCUUUACAACAAUAAAGAGUAUUCUCUUUAUUAUUUAGGAUUAAACCUAGAAAAAAUAGAGUGAUGUAAUGAAGAAAUCAAAUUCAACCCGACCAAUGCUGAAACUUACAAUAAUAAAGGCAAAGCCCUUUAUGCAAUUGGAAGAAAUCUUGAAGCAAUAGAGUGCUAUGACAAAGCAGUCAGACUAAGCCCUAGAGAUUAUAAUAUUUAUGAUAAUAAAGGACUUGCUCUUCAUGCUAUGGGAAAAAAUCUUGAGGCAAUAGAAUGCUACAACAACUCAAUUGAGCUCAAUCCUAAUGAUCCAGAAGUGCAUUCUAACAAAGGUCAUGCGUUUAGUGAUUUAGGAAGAAAUCUUGAAGCAUUGGAAUGCUUUAAUGAAGCAAAUAGACUUGAAGAAAAGACACCUGCUUAUGUCUAUAAAACCUCUGCCUAUUUAAAUAGUGGAGGUAAAAUUCUUUACUCUUUAGAUAGAAAUCUUGACGCAAUAGAGUAUUAUGACAAAGCACUCCAAAACGACCCUUUUGAUGCUGAUAUUUACAAUAAUAAAGGCAAAGCUCUUUAUGCCUUAGGAAGACAUCUCGAAGCAAUAGAAUGCUAUGACCAAGCAAUUAAAAAUGAUUUUUAUUGUGACGCAGCUUACAUAAAUAAAAUUAAUGCUCUUGAAGAUGAAGAACAAUAUUUCGAAGCAAUCCAAUGUUAUGAUGAAGUAAUCAAAAUUAAAUCUAAUUGCCCUGUGUACUUCUGCAAUCGAGCUAGAAUCCUUAAGGCAUUAGGAAAAGAAACAGAAGCUCUGCAGGAUUUAGAUAGAGCUUAUAAUUUGAUGCAAGAUAUCCAGGCAAAUGAGAUUUUAAAUAGCAUUCAAUAUGAUGAUUAUAAAAGAGAUUUUAUUAGCAAUGAAUCAAUAGAAAACUUUGCAGAGUGAUUUAAAAAAUUGCAAAGUGAAAAGGAAUUAGAGGUAUAA